GGUGAUAAGUAAAGUCACGUAAUAUGUAAACGAGUCUUGUCCUUAUUCAUCCAUGUACAUGUUGUCUAUGGUACCAAGGUCCACCCAUUCUGUUCAUUUUUAUUCAGGACGAGGUUUAAUUGGAAGGACAUAGUCACAAACCUGAACGAAAUUCACUGUUACAGGAUGUACGAAAUCAUCAAUCCACACGGGGAAAAAUUGACCCUAAGAACUUACAAUCUACAGAGCCACCAAAGUAUUCAACAAUUAAGUGGGUCAUUACUCUACGAAGAAAAAUGACCAUCGGUCAAUAUCAUACAUGGAUCACUUUUCGUGGUUAUACCGACCGUUGAGAAGGUUUCAGUCUCGUAUCAGGUAGAUAAUAAGUAAUGCCGAUUGGGUAUUGUUUAAUGGGACUGAAAAUGAACAAAAAUAUAACAAAAACAAUUAGAAAGCUGAAACAUUUGAUAUACUUUUCAGCAACAAGAUCAAGAACAUUUCGUUACAUUUUGAAAUCUAUAGAGUACAUUUUUCAUAAUUUGUGAUUUCUCUGUUUUCUGUCAUUUACUUCCAGGAACGGGGUUUUCAUCUAUGAUAAACUAUUACUGAUUGCGUAUUUUGUUAAAUCAAUUAAUGACUUUUCCAUUUGCAAUCAAUAUGAAUUAUUUUUAUGUAAGAUGUAAAACAGCAUAUAACGAAUGGACAAAUAAUAGAAACGUAUUUAAACGAUAUAUUCAUAACGUAAAAUCACAAUCAAUGCAUAAUAAAAAAAAACCGUAAUACUCAGUACUGGUUAGUUAUACAAUGUAGAGCAAACCAAUUGUUCUAAACCAAUUACAAGAGGUAUACGAUGGGCUUAUCACCGGACGGUGACACUUUAAUGCUCCUGUUAACAAGGUUAAGUCUUCUGUUGAUCUCUAGGUCUGUUGCGCUGUAACAAGUCCUGCUAUCCCUUGACUCGUCCAAACAGCGUGAAAAUGGACAACUUUCUCAAUUCGAUAUUCAGAAGUGAUCUAGUGUCUUGCGAAAUGAGCGACACCAUUAGCAGAUAAGUGGUUCUGAACAACGUUAAAUUCAUUAAUGAUAGAGAAAAGAAUGCAGUAUAUGUAUGAUACAAAGUGGUAUAGUAUAUAUUUUAGUAAAAUAUCGGAGCCAUGGUGUAUUUCAACACGACUGGGUCCGACAAAGAAGACCAAAAUACUCUGGACACAAUUCUAACGGCUUUUAACGUUUGUAUAUUUUUGUUGUCUCUUGUUUCCAAUGCCUCUGUGAUAGCUGCUUUCUGUAGGUUUCGCUGUCUGAAUACCGUUCAUGACAAACUGAUCCUGAACCUCUGUAUACUGAACACGGUCAUUUUAACAGGGGUCCCCAUACUUAUCGUCAAACUCCGGAUUUACGACUGGUUGGAAGCCACAAAGUUCAUGUGCUUUUUUCACGUCACAUCAAUAUAUGGCGGACUACUUGCGUCUUUACUCAUUCAAUUCGGCCUUGCAAUAGAGAGAUAUAUCUGCAUCAAGUCUCAACGAAGUAAAAACACACACGAGAAAUAUUUCUGGAUGUAUAUAGUUUUUUCCUAUGCAUUUGGUUUCGGAUUCAUUUCGGUUCCAGCUUUCGGAUGGAAUAACUGGGAGAAGGAGAAAUAUUGCACGUAUUCUACGUUUCCUGUCGUUUUUCGACGAUUGCUCUUUGUUACACCUGCAUUAAUUCUUGUCAUUAACCUGCUGAUGCAUCUAUUGUUAUAUCGCAUAAGCCGUGGCCAAAUUCGACGAAUAUCGGUAAUAACAGGAGGCACGGCGAGAAAAUUGUCAGUACAAACAAGGAAAGCUAAUUACAACGCCGUCACUACAACAUUACUCCUGUCAACUGUGUCGGCUGUGUUAUGGACGCCAUAUUGCACCAUUGUUCCCUUAGCUCAGUAUCUUAAGGUCAGUGAAGGAAAUCUGACGUUUAUAUUCAGGUUUUCCUUCUCAUUAGUAACGUUCAGUUCUCUCAGUAGUCCUUUCAUAUAUUGUAUGAGGAAUCGUCAUUUUAAGAAUAUCAUUCUUUACAUGUUAUCCUUAAAAAAAGACAGGUGUGCGCAUUAAAGACAGUCAUUUGAUGUGUAUUAUAAAAUGAGAGAAUUCAAUAAACGCACACAAGGAAAUGUGUUUAUCAUUAAUGGUAGAGUUAUCAGGUACCGAGGGCAUAUAAAGAACAUGAGUUGCUAAAUAGGCUUUGAACAUGGAGGUCAUAUCGUUCUGAUAUUAAAAUCUUUGAAUGCUAUAUGUUCUGCCGUAUAAUUUCAUUAAUUUGGCUUGAUGAUACGCACUAGUCAACACAGCUGAGGACAGAUUUCAAUUGCAGAAGUUACGGCGUUGUAGUUAGAAAGGAAAUUCCUUGUAAGUUCUUUUUAAAUUUUCGAACACCAUCAGACUACCAAAUCUCUGUUGACUACACGUUAUACUAGAACCAGACUGAGGGACACCUUGCCUAUGCAGAGUAUUUCACUUUCAUAAACUUUUUCUUCAUCCUUAUAUUUUGUCCCGAGUUUCUUCGUCCCAUCGCUUUUUGCAGAAUAUUUCGAUAAUCAUAUAUUGCCUUUUUGCCCAGUGUACAUAUGUUUAUUCCUUCACUAGAAUAAAAAAGUCUGUUUCUGUUUCGAAACACACACUGUAUAUCAUCAGGUUUCAAUGCAAAGCCAAAAAGAAAAAAAAGCCCUAAUAAGUCUACGGGGAUAUUGCAUUGCUAAGAACUUGAAAAGUACCAUGAUGAUUAUAUAUUGACAAAUUUGCGAGGAAUCUUGAGAAUUUCUAUAUGAAUAAAGAAUGCCAGGUUUUCCAAUUAUAAACCCUCGUACGAAAUGUAUUUUUGUUCUUAUGAAUGCAGGUAUACAGAGGGAAGUGUAAAAGAAGAAAUUUAAGAAAGUUUUCUAAAUAUUGAUUUCAAUUGUUUUUCGCCGAGAGGUAUAUUUAAUUUUUUUAAUAAAUCAACGAAACGUGAUGGAAACGGCAAUCUUGGACAGACUAUAGAAGCAAAUGAAGUUGAAGUUGGAAUUUAUAUUACACUAUUAUUGGAAAAAUAAACAAUUGCCAUCAAAAAGAAUCAUUUUAAGACAUGUAGCCAACUGAUCAGUUCACAUGUAAAUGUAAAACACGCCUGCAUACUAGAAUUAAUCUCUUUUAUCUGGCUUAAUAAAAAAAAACACGAACAAAUAACAUUUCU